AUGGAGAUGCAGAAAGGAACUGAGCUCUGUUUUCCACAGCUCCUCAACACUUCCUGCAGGAAGCCGACACGUCACUGGUCGAAAGUUGUUCUUCUGUACAUUGUGCUGUUCUGCAUCUCUCUGAUCACUGCUGCUCUAAACCUACUGGUCAUCAUCUCCAUCUCUCACUUCAAGCAGCUUCACACACCCAGUAAUAUCCUCCUCCUCUCUCUGGCUGUGUCAGACUUUCUUGUAGGUCUUCUGCUGAUGCCAUUGGAAAUCUUUAGAAGCACGGCCUGCUGGGUACUUGGUGAUCUCAUGUGUUCUGUUUAUAUUUAUGUGACUGUAAACAUUACCUGUGCUUCAAUAGGGAACAUAGUUCUAAUAUCAGUCGACCGUUAUGUGGCUAUAUGUGACCCUCUGCAUUACCCCACCAGAAUUACUGUAGCGAGAAUCAAACUCUGUGUUUGUUUCUGUUGGUUUUAUACUAUUUUCUACAGCAGUCUUUAUACAAAGGAUAUCCUGAUUGAACCGGGCAGGUAUAACUCCUGCUGCGGAGAGUGUGUGUUGGUCAUCAAUGAUAUUGUAGGAAUUGUUGACCUUGUCUUAACUUUUAUUGUUCCAGUUGCUGUCAUUAUAGUUCUGUAUAUGAGAGUGUUUGUGGUGGCUGUGUCUCAGGCUCGUGCCAUGCGCUCUCAUAAUACAGCUGUCACACUGCAGCGUCCACUGAAUCACACAAACAAAUCUGAGCUGAAAGCAGCCAGGACCCUUGGAGUUCUUGUAGUUGUGUUUCUGGCAUGCUACUUUCCAUUUUACUGCUAUGCCUCUGUUGUAGAACACAUGGUUAAUAAUCCAUCUGCAUUGUUUGUGUUCAUGGUAUUUUAUUUUAACUCUUGCCUAAACCCUUUGAUCUAUGCCCUAUUUUACCCUUGGUUUAGAAAUGCUGUAAAACUUAUUGUCACAUUGAAGUUCUUCAAGCAUGACACCAGUGAAGCCAACAUAUUAUAG